AUGGAUCACCUGGAAGCAAUAUCUAACCCUCAACCCCCACCUUUAGAGGAUCCAGUGGUUAAGCCUGCACAAUUAUCCAAUAGCGAUUUCCGCAAGCUUCUUCUGUCUGCUGGGUCUCGCAAAUCGCAAAAGGACUCCAACACCGCUAGCGUUCCACUUGGGCGUACUGAUCGCCCCAAGUCACAUUCCCAUAGGUCUCAACAGAAGUCACGCGGUUAUCACCGCCACGAUCGCAAAAAGAAGGUCACGGAGGAUGGCGGUGGAGGCGGUGAGGGCGCUGAAGGGGCCACCAGCGGCGCGCCCAAGUAUCGCGAUAGGGCUCGCGAGCGACGGGAGGGCAAGAUCGCCAGUAAUAUGGAGGGUCUUGACCCGAGCGUAGGUGAUGGUGGGACUGAGGGAGCUGAGGACCACGAGGAUGAACACGAUCGCCUCAUACGCACGGCCGAUUAUCGUGCUGUGGCCCCCACAGUCAAUGCCUCACACGCUGCUGAUAGAAGAAGGGCAAUCGAGGAGUCUAAGUACUUUGGCGGUGACAUACAACACACUCACUUGGUCAAGGGUCUGGAUUAUGUUCUGCUUGAGAAGGUGCGUAGGGAGAUGCAGAAGAAGGAGCUAGAAGCCGAACAGCAGUUGGAUGCUGAACUGGAAAAACCCGUUGCGGAUGGUAGAAGGGAAGCAAAGGCUGCCGGCGACAGUGGACUGCAAUUUAAGACUCGUUUAGCAGCAGGAAUUUUCGAGACACUCUUUAAAACCAAUCAAGGGAAAGUGGAAAGAAAUGAGUUUUUUCAGCCUGGUCGAAUGGCAUAUCGCGUUGAGUUAGAGGAUGAACUGGCCGAGUUUGAGGUACCGGCGACGGUGAUUCGGAGUAAAGCCGACUGUCCGCUCUUAGACCAAGCAACUGCAGGCAGCUCCGACCUAACCACGAACGACAUAGUCAUCAACAAACUGGCGCAAAUUUUUGCGUACACACGAGUUGGUCGAAGGCAGGCGAAAAAAGCCAAGUCGAGCAAACAGAAGACCGGUGGAGUUGCGGAGUACGGCAUCCAGCCGGGACCUCAUGAGGGCUCUAAAAAGAAGCCUCAGCCCAUCUUCGAGGAUGCUCCGUCCGAGUACGUGCCGUCGCGGCGCUCGCACAAGGGCGAUGAGGACGAGCGUCGCAGGAGCGGACACCGCCGCAACGCCGACGAGGCGGACAGACACAAACCGACCGGCGAGCAGCCGGCGCCCGGCAGUCGCUACUUCGAGAAGCCCUUCAGCGCCACCGACCCCACCGAGGUCAAGAGUUCCGUCUCCGCCACCAAGGACUUUGUCCAACAACUUGCCUCCAAGUACACCGGUGCUGGUAAAGCCACUGACGACCAGGCCUCUCUUGAACGCCUUUUGAAGAAGACAGAGAUUUCGGGUUAUGACGAGUGUUAUCCGGGCUUCGCGGAGUCCUACGACGCCAUGGGCGACUCGGACGACGAGACGGACUUCAGCAAGAUGGACAUGGGCAACAAGAAGGGUCCGAUUGGGCGGUGGGAUUUCGAGACGCAGGAGGAGUACGGCGACUACAUGUCGAGCCUCGAGGCCAUGCCCAAGGCCGCCUACCAGUACGGUGUGAAAAAACCCGAGGGGCGCAAGACCCGUCGACUGGGCACCCAGAAGAACGAACGCGCCCAAGUCGACCGACAACUGCAGCAGAUCACUUCGAUGAUCAAUAAAAGGAAGCAAUUGGCCGAAGAGGCCGGUGACUCGGGAGGCAAGAGACUCAAAUUCUGA